AUGAUUAAUGAUUGAACAUUUCAGGAAUCCAGUGCCAAAGUUGCCAACUUACCUGAAAAAGAAAAACAGAAACAUACUAAAAAGAAAAACAUCUGCUACAGUAGUUGUGCUCGGCUCCUUGGUUUGAAUGAAGAUAUUGAGGAUGGUUCUAAAGACCCUGCCGCAUCCAGAGGAGCGUAUGUGUCUCUCCUUUAUUUGCGCCAUCUCCGGAUCAGAGAGCUAAAGCGUACCUGUUUGAGCAUGCUGAACUAUCUGCGCUCUGUGGAGAAAAGGCUGGCUGUGGAUACUGCAGGACUUCAGGUGUUGGGGGGUGUACAGGAGAGUAGUGUGGAGGAAAGCACCUGGAUGAGUGCAGCUCGAGGAGGCCGUGGGUCUGCAGGAGGCCUUGGUUCACAUCACUACAUCUAUGACACCCCUGCUGACUACAAGGUACAUUGCACAGAGUUCAUGGAGUUCCCUGAGGUGGAGAAUCUCAGUGAUUACUACAGCACUGAGGGUCAAUAUAUCCACGUCCAGGAUCAAAGGGGCCUUUACAUUGUGUAUGACACUGCUCUAAUGGACCUAAAGGAGCUUGAAAACACAAUGCUGCUUAUAGCAUCACAUUACAUCAGCAGAUGCAGAGAGAAUUCCAGUAGAGAACUAAAAUCUGAACAGGACGUGGAUCGAGUGGCUGUUCUGCUGGACAUCUGGACAUGUGAGACUGCAUUCCUGGAGCAUAAAAUAGAGCUCUUGAAUUGCUACUUUGAAGCUUACCACCACAUCAUAGACCCAGAAGAGCGAUUUAGUUUGGCUCAAGUAAUUACAGAUAUAAUGCACAGAAGACCUCGUCUGAAUUUGGAAACAGAGUAUUUUGUUCAAGCCUACAGGCAGGAGGUGGCCUGUCUGCAGAGCCACCAGCAACUUAUCAAACUAGUUCUAAAUUCUCAGAUUGAUAAGCAGCGUGAGUACCUUGACCGGAUAUGGAGAGGGGAGAGGAGGAGCUGUCCAAAUGAAUAUGGCUUUCCUUUAAGUUUUGUCCCGAAACAACUGGUGUCAGUAGGUGGAAGUAGCCCAGCCCUGAAGAAUGUGUAUCUGCUAGAGCUACACCCAUCCCUGUGCCUGGCAUCUGCAGUGUACUCUGCUCUGGAGCAGGCCCAUGCUGACCUGUGUCAUCUGUAUGGGGUCAGGAAUGUCUCACAGAGAACUGGGCUGGAGCACAGGAUCCUGAAGCAAGCUCUGAUCCACUGGCCCACCAUGGCCACUCCUGGUGCCUCGUACAGCCCACAGAUCCAGAGAGAUUUGUUUUCAGAUGUGUUAAUUGAGGACCCAACCCUGGUCCGAGAAAUCGGCCUCUCUGUUUUGAAGUCAGCAGAGGAGCAGGAGCGGAAACAGGGAAGAGAGAAACAGAUUCUGGCAGUUGAAACAUUUUCCAAACUUCUAGAGCUUGUCACUCUUCGCCACCGCAUUAUUGAAUCAGCUUCAGAGACGGCGCACCUGUCACAAUUAUACAAAUCACUUACUGAGAAGAUGGGUUUUGAUGAAUUCCAUCUUUAUAUGCGGCCAGUGCAGUUUGAAUUUGCAGGGAAAAAAGAGAUCCCCAAACAGCUCCCUCUGUUUAUCACAGCUCUACUUCAGGACAGCAGUUGUGUUGAUAGGUACUGCCCACCUGGCCUUCCUCUCGGCAUUCAGGAGCUUGAUGAAAACCACAUAGGAAAGUUCAGUUUCCGGACUGAAGAUGCUGUGAUAAAUCUCAUGAACCAGUCUAAUUUAGAGAGUCUGCAAGUAGUGUUGGCCUGCCAGAUCACUCAGAAGAAUGCUGUGCUUGGAGCACUGAAGCAGACCUCCGUGAGCUUUUGGGCAGAGUAUUCAAACAAAUCUCCAAAAGCUGCGGAGUGUUUGACUCUGAGGGCAUCAAGAGGCGACUCGUGUGCUCGAGACAGGCUUGCAGGUGCCUUUGUGUCCAUCCAGCUAGAGAAGACCCAUCUUCGGGAUGAAAUGCUGAACUCGUUUGUAAAGAAGAAAGAGCUAAUGAGUACUCUGAUGUCAAAUCCAGAAGAAGUAUUCAAAAUCAAGAGGAAAAUGAUUACUGAAUUCUGUCAGAAAUUCAGUCUGGUGAUGUCUCAGUGUUGUGUGAGGAGCCAGAUUAUUGCCCUUUGCUACAGUCUGACUUCACUGCUGGAUCAGCUUCCUGAUAUUAGCCAGACACACUUUGUCAUUGGAGAAGCCGGUGAGAUCCAGAAAGGUGCAGACGAGGAGAAGGGUUUUCAGCAUGAUCCCAGGACAUUUCAGGUUCGUCCCAGGCAGCUUUUGUCAGCAGAUGGAAAGACUCUCCUAAACCUGUGGUUUAUUCCCCAUUACACUGAGGUGCUCUUUAUGUUCAAAACACUGGAGGAGAAGGCAUGUUGUCAAGCUCUUCAGCACACCCUGAUGAUUGUGUCAGCUCUUCAUGACAUAGUAUUUUACCUGGUGAGCCUUGCUUCCCUGGGGAAUCCAAAAAGAUCUCUCGACUCCAGUGAUGAACUUAAGCUCACUGCAGAUUGGGGAGGAUCAGAGAGCAUCAGGGCUGAGCUGUGGGACAUUCAGCAGCAGGUGGACUCUCUGUCUGAGCCGAACAGUCCAGAGGUUGUGGGACGAUAUCUUCAGCUGCGCAGGGAGGUGCUGUUUCUGCGCUUUGAUGUGGCAGUACGCUGCACGAUUCGAGAGGCUUUUCUUUCCUCUGGAGUCAUAAGUGCUUAUCAGAGUGUGAGUGACAACAUGAGCCAUGCCCUUUCUGUCCUGAGUGACAGCCUGAAACCAAGUGACUCUCAGCUUCCUCUGCCUCAACCCCUGGAUUCCUGUAGCCCAGAGAGUCAAAGAAUCUUUCCAUGGAGAUCAUUUCUUGCUUGCCAUGGGUUGCACCCUUUGGAACCCAUAUUGGAUAUUCUACCUAUUGAAUUCACUAUGCAGCUCUGCCUGUCUGGCCUGAAUGACCGCAGCAGGAUGGAGGCUAAUGGAGCAAUGCUGGGCGUUUCUCUGUGUCUUGAUGAUAUGCUGAGAAGUGACAGAGAUGCAGCUCCUCUGCAGCUUCAGGGUCAAGCAGACUCUGACAUCACUGUGGAGAAUGAUAAUGAACUCUUGCACUCUACAGAGGAUGUGGAAAGUGUGAGCAGAAAGCCAAAGGAGAUUAUGCCUAAAGCCCACAAUCCCAUUCAGGCCCUCACCCAGCAGAAAGGCUUCUUAUUGCUCUGGAAACAACUGGAAGUCUUCAAAGACAGCUGGGCACGACAGCAGCUAGGAGUAGAGCAAAUAACUUCUGUAGCACUCUUCAACCAGUUUUCCCUUAUUUACAGAACUGAGAUUUAUUAUCCCAGUAUGCAAGCUCUGGCUCAGCAGAUGGAGAAGGAGCAGGAAUAUGAGACUCUGCUGUUGCACAACCAGUCCUUCCAAGCCCCCCCAGGAGCUACGGAGGUUGACGUCAAGACAUGGCAGCUGCUCAGUCUGUUGGAGAGCACAGAAUGUGACAUGGUCAGAGCGGUUCAGAGGAGGAUUAACAAGGAGUUGACUCUGGUGAUGUCAGAGCGAGCUCGGCAUGAUACGGCCCUCCCCGCAGAGCUGUGGAAAAAAGACUCCAUGAAGCACUGCUUUUCUCUUGAGAGGCCACAGAUAGUGGAGAACUUUGUGCAGCAGUUGAUGGAUGGAGGAAAAGAAAGAGAAGGCGAGGUGGUGUUCUCCAUGGCCCAUCUGCAGAAGUGCGUGUCUGAGCUAGGUUCUGCUGUGAUGUCCCGUGAGUGUAGCAGCUUUCUGCUUUACUCUCAGUUCUAUGAGCAGCUCCUUCAACAGCAGGGUCAGCUGCUCUAUCAGAGAGAGCAGGAUGUGAAAGAUCUUGAAGCUGCACAUCUACAAGCAAAUGAUCCCUACUGUAAGGCAGCAGAGCUGUGCCGUAGCGUGAUGGCUGAGGUCAUAACCCUGCGUGCCCGUGUUACUCAGCUGGAGGAGGAGCAAAAAUGUGUCCGGCAGCAGAUCAACCUUGAAUACAGGAAGCGAUAUGACUCACUGCUUCAUCAGCUCUUCUCAACCUGCAUUCAGCAGAAGGCCAGGCUUGACAAAUAUCAUGUCAGAAUGGAUCAUGAUGUGAAGCAGCUGGUCAGCACAGUUAGACGUGAAGGAGUGGACAAGAUCAUUAAGCUGAGAAACAAGCUUUCCAUCACUAAAGACGGCGACAGUGUGAAUAGCAAACUUUCUGAGAAAGAGAUUUUAGAGGAUCUCUAUUUAGAAAAUAGUCAACUAUCUGGACUGCUCUAUAAAUUAAGGGUCUUCCACCGCUGGAGGCAGGUGGUAGGACAGGCCAAGCUACAAAGAGAGCUACUUCAAUGCCAACAGAGUGAGAUAUCUUGUAAACUGGAAGCUUUGGCAGUGAAGAUGACCUCACAGGAAGGAGAGAUGAUCAUAAAGCAGGAGCUUGAAGCAGUAAAGGCAGCUAUGAUGCAGUGCAAAACUGAGUAUGAACACACAAAGCAACAAAUUGUAAAGCAGACCCAGCAACUACAGGACGUGAAGCACCGCUCAGUGCAGGAGGUGCGGAGUCAACAGGAGCUGGAGAGUUUUCGCAUGCAGAGUGUAGAGCAACUGCAGGAGGACAUGGAGCAGAGAGACACUCAGAUCAGAGCUCUCAGUGCACAGCUGGAGAAGACCAGCAGAGAGAGUGAGCUCCAGCAACAUCACAGUCACAAACAGAUUAAAAAGGUGCAGAACCAGCUUAACCAUGAGCGCAGUCUUAAACUGGAGGCAUUUCAGAGAGUGGAUAAACUACAGCACCAGAUCCACAGCAUGGAGACAGCACUGUCUAAGCAUGUUUCUAACUCAGGAUGUAAGACUGCCUCCUCGAGCAGAGCCAGUGACAGAAAAAAAUCUGCAGUUGUUAAUGGCUUUACAGACAGCACAUCUGAAGACACUGACACUGAGACUGCACUUAGACCAAAGACAGCUUCAAGAGACUCUGGAACACUGCUUGAGAGACCAAAAACAGCCCCACGACGCCUUCGUACAGAGAUUGCAGAAAUGUUACCGAGCCUACCAGACAGAACAGCAUCACCUAAUCCUUAUAGAACACACCAACACCUAAGACUGGGUCACAAAUAA